GCCAACUCUCAGAAACUCUCGAUAGGGUUUGUGACAAUGCCUGGGAAGAAACGGACGACAUUUCUGGCCAUCGCUACGUGACCAUGACAGAUCCACGAUGUAUCAACGCUACAACGAACCAAACCCUGAUGGAUCAUGGCUGCCCGGCGAGUCGAAAUUCAACGCCAGCGAAGAGUGCCUAGAUAUCAUCACAACUCUUUUCUACGAAGAUUGCUAUUAUCAGAUAGAUAUCGAAGUUUACCAGAAGCUCGGCGACUUUAUCACAAGUUUCUGGACUGGCAAUGUCACAUGGCUUGACGCAAUUCCGCCAUAUCAAGCUCCAGCCCACCAGCACGUGUUAUACAAUAAUGGUUUGCUGAACUUCGAUAGCAUCAAUACAACGUUUAGCAAUAUUGCGCAGUACCUUACCACUUAUUUGCGCCAAAACGGAGACGCAGACUACAGCAAACCUGCCCUGGGAGUCAUAUUCCAAGAAUCAACCUGCAUAGGAAUGCACUGGAUCUGGAUGACGGUCCUGGCCGCCGUGGUCUUUCUUACUACCUUGUUCCUCUUCUUCACGAUCAUGCAAGCAGAAGUUACCAAUGAUUCUACAAUCAGAGGCUGGAAAUCGUCUCUGCUACCACUGGUCUUUCAUACUCUGGAAGGUGCCGAGGGUGCAUACCCAGCUGGGCAGCUGGAGAUCAAGCAAAUGGAGAAGCUCGCAGAACAAGUACGUGUAUGUCUUCGUCCAGCUGAUGGAGUAAUAGAUAAGUAGGGGCAGUCACGAGGCGCAUCGGCGCAUAUUGUUGGUAUUACAGAUC